AAAUACGAAAGUCAAAACAAAAAGGAAACGAACCACCAGCCGAGCAGCGUCCGUAAAUCGAUUUCAUUGGUUUACUUCCAUAUUUUGUGAAAAAAUACGUACAACUAACCAAAAUCCAGGUUCAAGAAGUGCUCAUAUUGGUGCCAAUAGAUCAACGUACUGCACAAACCGGUCGGAUUCGGAAUCGCAUGAAUAAUGGCUGGGCUAGAGUCGAUGAUCGUCGAGGAUAAACAGCAGUCGCAGAAGUCCGUCGACCGGGAGAAGACCUGCCCGCUACUGCUCCGGGUGUUCUGUUCCACCGGACGGCACCAUUCGUCCAACGAGUUCAACCACGGAAAUGUUCCAUCGAACGAGCUGCAGAUCUACACGUGGAUGGAUGCCACCCUGAGGGAACUGACUACCCUGGUAAAGGACGUGAAUCCGGAAACCAGACGCAAAGGAACCUACUUCGAUUUCGCGAUUGUUUACGCUGACCGUGGACCCAACUACCGGAUGCGUGAAAUUGGCGUAACCUGUUCCGGCCAGAAGGGGGCCGAUGACACCAAGACCUUGGCCCAUGCAAAGUUCACCAUCGGAGAUUAUUUGGAUAUCAACAUCACCCCACCGAACCGCCUGCCGCCACGUGGUGGACGACCAAGACCCUACUAGGGGUGUAUCCGGCCCGGUAUUCGGCGGGCCCCUCGUGGAAGAGUACCCCGAAAAGGAUCACGCGUGAACGUUGAAUGAAACACAAUUUUUCGUGUUUUCCUAAGGGGAAUCUUUUUUCUCUUUUUUAGAAUUCUUAAGUCGUAAGUGUAAAAUAAAUACAAUCCUAAUGACGAAGAUACAGCUGAACGCAAUUCAAUCUGAA